AUGUUUCCCCAGGAGCUGGCUCAGAAAAUCAAGGGCUACCAGGAGCAGAUCGCCUCUCUGAACUCCAAGUGCAAGAUGCUGACGAUGAAAGCCAAGCACGCCACCAUGCUGCUGACGGUGACGGAGGUGGAGGGGCUGGCGGAGGGGACGGAGGACCUGGACAGGGAGCUCCUCCCCGCGACCUCGGCCCACCCCUCGGUGGUCAUGAUGACUGCAGGUCGCUGUCACACUCUGCUGUCACCUGUCACUGAGGAGUCUGGGGAGGAGGGAACCAGCAGUGAAAUUUCGUCUCCACCUGCCUGUCGCUCCCCUUCACCUGUGGCUAAUACAGAUGCUUCUGUUAACCAGGACAUUGCUUAUUACCAAGCGCUGUCCCCCGAGAGGUUGCAGACCGACGCCGCGAGGAUCCACCCCAGCUCGCUGCCCCCUCAGGAGUUCUACGAACCAGGGCUGGAGCCCUCUGCUACUGCUAAAUUAGAUGAUUUACAGCGUUCUUGGGAAACCUUAAAAAAUGUGAUCAGUGAAAAGCAGCGCAGUCUCUAUGAGGCCUUGGAACGUCAGCAGAAGUACCAGGACUCCCUCCAGUCCAUCUCCACAAAGAUGGAGGCCAUCGAGAUGAAACUCAGUGAGAGUCUGGAGCCCGGCAGGAGCCCGGAGAGCCAGAUGGCUGAACAUCAGGCCUUGAUGGAUGAGAUCCUCAUGCUUCAAGAUGAGAUCAGCGCGCUCCAGUCAUCGCUCGCGGAGGAGCUGGUGUCCGAGUCCCCCGAGUCUGACCCCGCAGAACAGCUGGCCCUGCAGUCCACGCUCACCGUCCUGGCCGAGCGCAUGUCCACCAUCAAGAUGAAGGCCUCAGGGAAGCGACAGCUUUUGGAGGAGAAGUUAAGUGAGCAGCUUGAGGAACAGAGACAGGAACAGGCUCUGCAGAGGUACCGCUGUGAGGCCGACGAGCUGGACCACUGGCUCUUGAGCACGAAGGCUACUCUGGACACGGCACUAGGCACAGCCACGGAGCCUAUGGACAUGGAGACCCAGCUGGUGGACUGCCAGAACAUGCUGGUGGAAAUCGAGCAGAAGGUGGUGGCCUUAUCGGAACUCUCAGUCCACAAUGAGAACCUGCUCCUGGAGGGCAAGGCUCACACGAAGGAGGAGGCUGAGCAACUGGCUGUAAAGCUGAGGACCCUCAAGGCGAGCCUCCUGGAGCUGCAGAGAGCGCUGCACGACAAACAGCUCAACAUCCAGGGCACAGCGCAAGAGAAGGAGGAGAGCCAUGCCGACCUAACUGCCAGCCAGAGCCCUGGGGUCCAGGACUGGCUGGCCCAAGCCCGGUCCACGUGGGCCCACCAGCGACAGAGCAGCCUCCAGCAACAAAAGGAGUUGGAACAGGAAUUAGCCGAGCAGAAGAGCCUCCUGCGGUCAGUAGCCAGUCGUGGGGAGGAAAUCCUCACCCAACACUCAGCUGCAGAGACCUCUGGCAGUGCUGGCGAAAAACCUGAUGUGUUAUCCCAGGAGUUGGGGAUGAAAGGGGAGAAAUCAGCUGCUGAAGACCAGAUGAGAAUGAAAUGGGAAAGCCUACAUCAAGAAUUUAGUACCAAGCAGAAGCUACUACAGAAUGUUCUGGAACAGGAACAGGAGCAAGUGCUUUACAGCAGGCCGAAUCGACUCCUGUCUGGUGUGCCACUAUACAAAGGAGAUGGACAGACCCAAGACAGAUCUGCAGUGACAUCUUUGCUGGAUGGAUUGAACCAGGCCUUUGAGGAGGUUUCAUCUCAGGGUGGGGGAACGAAAAGGCAGAACAUUCACUUGGAACAGAAGUUGUAUGAUGGGGUCUCAGCUACCUCUACAUGGUUGGAUGAUGUUGAGGAACGUUUAUUUGUUGCCACAGCACUUUUACCAGAAGAAACGGAAGCUUGCCUCUUCAACCAAGAGACUCUUGCCAAAGAUAUUAAAGAAAUGUCUGAAGAAAUGGAUAAGAACAGGAACUUGUUUUCUCAAGCAUUUCCAGAGAAUGGUGAUAACCGGGAUGUCAUUGAAGACACUUUGGGUUGUCUUUUGGGCAGGUUGUCCUUGCUAGACUCAGUAGUAAAUCAGCGCUGUCAUCAGAUGAAGGAAAGACUUCAGCAAAUACUGAAUUUCCAGAAUGAUCUGAAGGUGCUGUGCACAUCGCUGGCUGACAACAAGUUCAUCAUUCUGCAGAAACUGGCAAAUGUGUUUGAACAGCCUGUGGCAGAGCAAAUAGAGGCGAUACAAGAGGCUGAAGAUGGGCUAAAGGAAUUGGAUGCAGGAAUCAUUGAAUUAAAAAAGCGUGGGGACAAGUUGCAGAUUGAGCAGCCGUCCAUGCAGGAGCUAUCCAAACUUCAGGACACGUAUGAUGAACUGAUGGUGACCAUUGGCUCCCGGCGGAGUGGGCUGAACCAGAAUCUUGCACUUAAGAGUCAGUAUGAAAGGGCCCUACAAGAUCUGGCUGAUCUGCUGGAGACUGGACAGGAGAAGAUGGCAGGUGACCAGAAAAUCAUCGUGUCCUCCAAAGAGGAAAUUCAACAACUACUUGAUAAACAUAAGGAAUACUUUCAGGGCCUGGAAUCUCAUAUGAUCUUGACUGAAACGCUCUUCAGAAAGAUCAUCAGCUUUGCAGUCCCACAGGAAACACGGUUCCACACGGAACUGAUGGCACAGGCUUCCGCUGUACUGAAGCAGGCUCACAAGAGGGGCGUGGAGUUGGAGUACAUUCUGGAGACAUGGUCUCGUUUGGAUGAAGAUCACCAGGAGCUCAGCAGACAGCUGGAGGCUGUGGAAAGCAGCAUCCCGAGUGUGGGGCUGGUGGAAGAGAGCGAGGACAGGCUCAUCGACCGGAUAACACUCUACCAGCAUUUGAAAUCCAGCCUUAAUGAAUACCAGCCCAAAUUAUAUCAGGUAUUAGACGACGGGAAACGACUGUUCAUAUCCAUUAGCUGCUCAGAUCUAGAAAGCCAGCUAAACCAACUUGGAGAACACUGGUUAAGUAAUACCAACAAAGUGUCUAAGGAGCUUCACAGAUUGGAAACAGUGUUGAAACACUGGACCAGAUAUCAAAAUGAAUCUGCAGAACUUACUCACUGGUUACAAUCUGCAAAAGACAGGCUAGAAUUUUGGACUCAACAAUCUGUGACAGUCCCACAAGAACUGGAAAUGGUCCGUGAUCAUCUAAAUGCUUUCCUGGAGUUUUCCAAAGAAGUGGAUGCCAAAUCUUCCCUGAAAUCAUCUGUUCUGAGCACUGGAAAUCAGCUUCUUCGAUUAAAGAAAGUAGACACAGCUGCCCUACGUUCAGAGCUGUCACACAUUGAUAACCAGUGGACUGACCUGCUGACAAAUAUUCCCGCUGUACAGGAGAAGCUCCACCAGCUCCAAAUGGAUAAGCUGCCUUCCCGCCAUGCCAUUUCUGAAGUUAUGACUUGGAUUUCUCUCAUGGAAAAUGUUAUUCAAAAGGAUGAAGAGAAUAUAAAAAAUUCAAUAGGUUACAAGGCAAUUCAUGAAUACCUUCAGAAAUAUAAGGGUUUUAAGAUAGAUAUUAACUGUAAACAGUUGACAGUUGAUUUUGUGAAUCAGUCCGUGCUACAAAUCAGUAGUCAGGAUGUGGAAAGUAAACGCAGUGAUAAGACUGAUUUUGCUGAGCAACUGGGAGCCAUGAACAAAAGUUGGCAAAUCCUGCAGGGUCUCGUAACUGAGAAGAUCCAGAUGUUGGAAGGCUUAUUGGAAUCUUGGUCAGAAUAUGAAAAUGAUGUACAAAGUCUGAAAACUUGGUAUGAAACCCAGGAAAACAGACUAAAGCAACAGCAUCGCAUUGGAGAUCAGGCUUCAGUUCAGAACGCAAUGAAAGACUGUCAGGAUCUAGAAGAUUUGAUUAAAGCAAAAGAAAAAGAGGUGGAGAAAAUUGAGCAGAAUGGACUUGCUUUGAUUCAGAACAAGAAAGAAGAAGUCUCUGGUGUUGUCAUGAGCGCGCUGCGGGAGCUCAGCCAAACAUGGGCAAAUUUAGACCACAUGGUUGGACAAUUAAAGAUAUUGCUGAAGUCCGUGUUUGACCAAUGGAAUAAUCACAAGGUGGCCUUUGACGAGAUCAACAGCUACCUCAUGGAGGCUAGAUACUCUCUGUCCCGUUUCCGUCUGCUGACUGGUUCUUUAGAAGCUGUACAAGUUCAGGUAGACAAUCUUCAGAAUCUUCAAGAUGAUCUGGAAAAACAGGAAAAGAACUUACAGAGGUUUGGCUCUGUCACCAACCAACUGUUAAAAGAGUGUCACCCACCUGUGACAGAAACUCUUACCAAUACAUUAAAAGAUGUCAAUAUGAGAUGGAAUAACUUGCUGGAAGAGAUCGCUGAGCAGCUGCACGCCAGCAAAGCCCUACUUCAGCUUUGGCAGAGGUACAAGGACUACUCCAAGCAGUGUGCCUCGGCGGUGCAGCAGCAGGACAACCGAACCAAUGAGCUCCUGAAGGCGGCCACCAACAAGGACAUUGCUGAUGACGAGGUUGCGACGUGGAUUGAAGAUUGCAAUGAUCUCCUCAAAGAACUGGGGGUAGUGAAGGAUUCCCUGUUUGUUCUGCAUGAGCUGGGAGAGCAGCUCAAGCAGCAAGUGGAUGCUUCAGCGGCAUCAGCCAUUCGAUCCGAUCAGCUGUCUUUGAGUCAACAUCUGUGUGCCCUAGAGCAGGCCCUUUGCAAGCAGCAGACUAUGUUACAGACUGGAGUUCUUGACUAUGAAACCUUUACCAAGAGCUUAGAAGUGUUGGAGGCCUGGAUAGUAGAAGCUGAAGAAAUAUUACAAGGACAGGACCCUAGCCACUCAUCUGAUCUCUCAACCAUCCAGGAAAGGAUGGAAGAACUUAAGGGGCAGAUGCUAAAAUUCAGCAGCCUGGCCCCUGACCUAGACCGUCUGAAUGAGCUUGGGUACAGGCUACCGCUGAAUGAUAAAGAAAUCAAAAGGAUGCAGAGUCUGAACCGACACUGGUCUCUGAUCUCCUCUCAGACCACGGAAAGAUUCAGUAAGUUGCAGUCAUUUUUGCUGCAACACCAGACUUUCUUGGAAAAAUGUGAAACAUGGAUGGAAUUCCUGGUUCAAACGGAACAAAAGUUAGCAGUGGAGAUUUCAGGCAACUAUCAGCAUCUUUUGGAGCAGCAGAGAGCGCAUGAGUUGUUUCAAGCAGAGAUGUUCAGUCGCCAGCAGAUUUUGCACUCGAUCAUUAUUGACGGGCAGCAUCUUCUAGAACAAGGUCAAGUUGAUGACAGGGAUGAAUUCAACCUGAAAUUGACACUGCUCAGCAGUCAGUGGCAGGGAGUGAUUCGCAGGGCCCAGCAGAGGAGGGGUAUCAUCGACAGCCAGAUCCGCCAGUGGCAGCGCUACAGGGAGAUGGCCGAGAAGCUGCGUAAAUGGUUGGGUGAAGUGUCCUAUCUUCCCGUGAGUGCUCUCGGAAGCGUCCCGAUACCACUGCAACAGGCAAGGACCCUCUUUGAUGAAGUGCAGUUCAAAGAAAAAGUGUUCCUGCGGCAGCAAGGCAGCUACAUCCUUACAGUGGAGGCGGGGAAGCAGCUCCUGCUCUCGGCCGACAGUGGGGCUGAGGCCGCCUUGCAGGCAGAGCUCACUGAGAUCCAGGAGAAGUGGAGAUCAGCCAGCACGCAUCUGGAGGAACAGAAGAAAAAACUGGCCUUCUUGCUGAAAGACUGGGAAAGAUGUGAGAACGGAAUAGCUAAUUCUCUGGAGAAGCUACGAACAUUCAAAAAGAAGCUUUCUCAGCCUCUGCCGGAUCACCAUGAAGAGCUGCACACAGAGCAAAUGCGCUGCAAGGAGUUGGAAAAUGCAGCUGGGAGCUGGACAGAUGACUUGGCUCAGCUGACCCUCUUGAAGGACACCCUCUGUGCCUACAUUAGUGCUGAUGACAUCUCCAUCCUAAACGAGCGCAUGGAGCUUCUGCAAAGGCAGUGGGAAGAACUCUGCCACCAGCUCUCCCUGAGGCGGCAGCAAGUAAGUGAGAGAUUGAAUGAAUGGGCGGUCUUCAGUGAAAAGAACAAGGAGCUUUGUGAGUGGUUGACCCAGAUGGAAAGUAAAGUUUCUCAGAAUGGAGACAUCCUCAUUGAAGAAAUGAUAGAGAAGCUCAAGAAGGAUUAUCAAGAGGAAAUUGCUGUUGCCCAAGAGAACAAAAUACAGCUCCAGCAAAUGGGAGAACGACUUGCUCGAGCCAGCCAUGAAAGCAAAGCCUCUGAGAUUGAAUACAAGCUCGGAAAGGUCAACGACCGGUGGCAGCAUCUCUUGGAUCUCAUGGCAGCCAGGGUGAAGAAGCUGAAGGAGACCCUGGUGGCAGUGCAGCAGCUAGACAAGAACAUGAGCAGCCUGAGGACAUGGUUGGCUCACAUCGAGUCAGAGCUGGCCAAGCCCAUAGUCUACGAUUCCUGUGACUCGGAUGAAAUACAGAAGAAGCUCACUGAGCAGCAGGAGCUUCAGAGAGACAUCGAGAAACACAGCACGGGCGUGGCCUCCGUGCUCAACCUGUGUGAGGUCCUGCUGCAUGACUGCGACGCCUGUGCCACAGACGCAGAGUGUGACUCCAUCCAGCAGGCGACGCGAAACCUGGACCGGCGUUGGAGGAACAUCUGUGCCAUGUCCAUGGAAAGAAGGCUCAAAAUCGAAGAGACGUGGCGAUUGUGGCAGAAGUUUCUGGAUGAUUAUUCUCGUUUUGAAGAUUGGCUCAAGAUUUCAGAAAGGACAGCUGCCUUCCCCAGCUCUUCCGGGGUCCUCUAUACAGUUGCCAAGGAGGAACUAAAGAAAUUUGAGGCUUUCCAGCGACAGGUGCACGAGAGCCUGACCCAGCUGGAGCUGAUCAACAAGCAGUACCGUCGCCUGGCCAGAGAGAACCGCACCGAUUCCUCCUGUAGCCUAAAGCAGAUGGUUCACGAAGGCAACCAGCGAUGGGACAACCUGCAAAAACGUGUCACCUCCAUCUUGCGCAGACUCAAGCAUUUCAUUGGCCAGCGUGAGGAGUUUGAGACUGCGCGGGACAGCAUUCUGGUGUGGCUGACGGAGAUGGAUCUACAGCUCACGAAUAUCGAGCAUUUUUCUGAGUGUGAUGUUCAAGCUAAAAUAAAGCAACUCAAGGCCUUUCAGCAGGAAAUUUCACUGAACCACAAUAAGAUCGAACAGAUAAUUGCCCAAGGAGAGCAGCUCAUAGAGAAGAGCGAGCCGUUGGAUGCCGCAGUCAUCGAGGAGGAGCUGGACGAACUCCAGCGUUACUGUCAGGAGGUCUUCGGGCGCGUGGAGAGAUACCAUAAGAAACUGAUUCGCCUGCCUCUCCCAGAUGAUGAGCAUGACCUCUCUGACCGGGAGCUGGAGCUGGAUGACUCCGCAGCUCUCUCCGACCUCCACUGGCGUGACACCUCUGUGGACGGCGUGCUUUCCCCCCAGCCUUCCUCCAACCCCUCCCUCUCACUCGCCCAGCCCCUGCGGAGCGAGCGGUCAGGACGAGACACCCCUGCCAGUGUGGACUCCAUCCCCCUGGAGUGGGACCAUGACUAUGACCUCAGUCGUGACCUGGAGUCUGCUGUGUCCAGAACGCUGCCCUCUGAGGACGAAGAGGGUCAGGAUGAUAAGGAUUUCUACCUCAGGGGAGCUGUUGGCUUAUCAGGAGCUCCCAGUGCCUUAGAGUCACAGAUCCGACAACUGGACAGAGCCUUGGAUGAGAGCCGUUUUCAGAUGCAGCAAACUGAAAACAUUAUCCGCAGCAAAACUCCCACAGGACCAGAGCUAGACUCCACCUACAGGGGCUACAUGAAACUGCUGAGUGAAUGCAGCGGCAGUAUCGACUCCGUGAAGAGACUAGAACACAAACUGAAGGAGGAAGAAGAGAAUUUCCCCGGCUUCAUUAACCUGAAUACUACGGAAACCCAAACGGCUGGUGUGAUCGACCGGUGGGAACUCAUCCAGGCGCAGGCCCUGAGCAAGGAGCUGAGAAUGAAACAGAGCCUCCAGAAGUGGCAGCAGUUCCAGGCAGACCUGCACAGCAUCUGGACGUGGCUGGGGGAGGCGGAGCAGGAGCUGGAGCAGCUGCGGCGCCUGGAGCUCAGCACCGACAUCCAGGCUAUCGAGCUCCAAAUCAAAAAGCUCAAGGAGCUCCAGAAAGCCGUGGACCACCGCAAAGCCAUCAUCCUCUCCAUCAACCUGUGCAGCUCCGAGUUCACCCAGACCGGCAGUGAGAAGAGCCAGGAUCUGCAAGACCGCUUGUGCCAGAUGAACGGGCGCUGGGACCGGGUGUGCUCGCUGCUGGAAGAGUGGCGGGGCCUGCUCCAGGACGCGCUGAUGCAGUGUCAGGAUUUCCAUGAAAUGAGUCAUGGUUUGCUGCUUAUGCUGGAAAACAUCGACAGAAGGAAAAAUGAAAUUGUGCCUAUUGAUUCUAACCUGGAUGCAGAGACACUUCAAGACCAUCACAGGCAGCUCAUGCAAAUAAGGCAUGAGCUCUUGGAAUCCCAGCUCAGAGUGGCCUCACUGCAAGACAUGUCUUGCCAACUCCUGGUGAACGCUGAAGGCACAGACUGUUUGGAAGCCAAAGAAAAAGUCCAUGUAAUUGGAAAUCGGCUCAAACUUCUCUUGAAGGAGGUCAGUCGUCACAUCAAGGAGCUGGAGAAGCUAUUAGACAUGUCAAGCAGUCAGCAGGAUUUGUCUUCCUGGUCUUCGGCUGAUGAACUGGACACUUCGGGAUCUGUGAGUCCUACUUCUGGAAGAAGCACCCCAAACAGACAAAGAACGCCACGAGGCAAAUGUAGUCUCUCACAGCCUGGACCCUCUGUCAGCAGUCCACAUAGCAGGUCCAUAAAAGGUGGCUCCGAUUCCUCCCUUUCUGAGCCUCGGCCAGCUCGGUCCGGCCGAGCCUUCUGGUUCAGAGUCCUCCGAGCGGCUCUUCCGCUUCAGCUUCUCCUGCUGCUCCUCAUCGGGCUCGCCUGCCUCGUGCCAAUGUCAGAGGAGGACUACAGCUGUGCCCUCUCCAACAACUUUGCCCGAUCAUUCCACCCCAUGCUCAGAUACACAAAUGGCCCUCCUCCGCUCUGAACCACACAGACGUCAUCUGCAGCGGUGCUGGUAGCAUAAGGAGGGUUUGGCCAAAAGCGAUCCUAAGCUAGCAAAAACAGGACCCGAAUCUUGGCGAAUGCCCUUGGUGCGGCAGCUUUAGCCCUCCUCUGUGUCCCAUGGGUGAAAAUCAUGGCUCCAAAGGUGGAUGGUAAACAAGGACAAGAGAAGAGCAGACAAAUCUGAGCCUCAGCGCUAAAGAGGUUGAGGACCUCCAACGUUCUCUGGAUGCAAGAAUUCUGGGCCAUUGGCUCAUCCUAUGCACACCCAAGACAUCACUAGACCGAGCAGCUCUCCCAUGGCGCUGCUCCAUCCAUUCAAUAAAGGACUCUCCUGGGAGCCAUGUUCGCAUCGAGCAACCUACCAACCAACCAACCUACCAACCAGUGCUGACGAGAUUUUAGAACCUUGUAACAUACAGUUUUUAAGAGCUUAUAUGGCACCUUUCUUUUUACCUUGUUUCCUUUGGGGCAUGAUAUUCUAACCUUUGCUUUAGAAGCACAAGCUGUAAAUCUAAAGGCACUUUUUUUAAAGGUAUAAAGAAAAACUGGAUGUAAUAAAUAAGAUCAUGAAAGGCUUUAUGUGAAAAAAAAGUUGAAUGUUACAGUCAAAGAAAAGUUAUUUAUGUAUGUACAGUUUGCUAAAGCCAAGUUUUGUUUGUAUUGAUUUCUUUGCAUUUAUUAUAGAUACUAUAAAAUA